UCGCCGGAGAGAAGAGUGCUUUCGGUUGAUGUGAUUCGAUUCCAUUCUCUUCAUUCGCCAUGACUCGCACCACCAGUACCAACAGCGGCAGCACCGGGAUGAUGGUCUCGUCCGGGGCGUGUCGGAAAGAGCUACCACCGCUGGCGGGGGCGUGUGGCAAACACCACCACCGCCACGACCCCCACGAGCACCCGGAAGACGACGCCGUGCUCUCGUCGAUCCGGGCCGUCCGCGAGAUCGUCGUGGCAGAGUUCCGCCUUGGCGAAACCGAGAGACGCGCCAUGGUGGCGCAGCUGGCGGCGAUGAAACAAAGAAGCUCGAGUGCGAGUACGAAACAACCCGAAACAAAGAUCCCCAGGAGCGUCAGCGAGGAAGAACAAAAGGACGACGGCGAUUGUGUUUGUGAAGAUGGAUCGCUGGAUUCCGAUGGCGAAGCGAAAUCACAAUCAAAAGUGAACAAGCAGUUGCUCCAGUACUGGAAAGACAAGUGCUUGCGAUUGGAAGAGAAACAAAAACAACAAGAGCAGGAACGAAACGAGAAAUCGGGAUUGCCGGCACCCGGCGUCGACGAAGAAAAGGAGGUUCUCGUUUCCACGCUUCUGGCCCAGCAGCAGCAGGCGGAGCAACUCAAGGCGCGGCUGUCGGAAUCCCGGACCAACGCGGAGGCCCUCGGCCAGACCGUCAAGAAAGUGGUGGCAACGAUGGAAGAAGAAAAACAAUCGAUUGCCAGGGAGCGGGAUGUGGCCUUUUCACUCCUGGAGGAAUCGAGGCAGCAGCUCCUCCAACAACAACUGCAGCACGCGGAACAACAGGCCCAACAACACCAAAAACAGCAGGAGCAUGCGAAGGCUGUCCUAAAUAACUCUCGUGAAUUGAAGUCGCAGGCCCUGCGAAUCGAGAAGCUCGAGACCGUCAACGCGAGGCUCGCUGCGGAAAACGACGAACUCGAGGCAACGGCGAUUCGAUCGUCCGCGCUGGAAGAGCUGUUGUUGGCAAGGGACGAAGCCUUUCGCKGAAUCGCAUCAAAGCACAACACCAACGACCACGGGAUCAUCGAAAUACAGACGACCACCACAUCGCUGCAGCAAAAACUGAAGGCCCUCGAAACCAGCCUGCUGGAAAAGGAUGCACGGACCAUUCGAUCGCUCGAGCUACAAAUCCAGGCCCUCGAGAAACAACAGAAGGAGCACCCAUCAAGCGAUUCGGCAACGAGCACACCGGCAACGAGCACACCGGCAUCGUCUCUCGAACAACGCCUGGCGUCGAAAAAGAAGCAACUGCGCGACUCCAGGAAUCGCUUGCGGACCAACUCGCUCGACGUCGUGGGGGACACGAUUCUCUUGCAGCUCCGGCGGCUGGUGGAGAUCCACCGGCACACACACGCCACCGCGGCAGCAGCAGUGGUUGCUAAUUCCGGGGAGCCUGCCUGCGGUUCCGGUCGCAGCCGUUUGUCCCCGGCUGACGCUUCAGCGAAGUCCCAUUCCGGAGACCACCACGGGUGUUCGACCACCACGGGUGAGUGGGAGUCGACCCUCCGCAAGCUUUCCGAGAAUCGCGAACGGAUGCUGGCGCUGUUGGAGGAAGACGCCGAUGGGGCAGCUGCGAGGGCCGCCAACGGGAGCGAGAGCGACAACGUGCCGUUGCCGGCGCACACCGGGGCUCAUUGCCAUUCCAGGGGGGGGAAGCGGCGAAGCAGCGGCGGGGAGGAAGCCAUCGGCAGCGACGAUCCGACGACGCCUCCGGCCAGCCACGGGGAACCCUCAAAGCGGGCCAAGACGUCCCCGCCCCAACCAAUCCAACGCUUUGGGCAACGAAACGAAUCGAAUCGAAUCAAAUGGGAAAGUAACGAAUGAGAAUCGGAACGGUUGACGGAAAAGAAGGGAAUGGGUUUGGUCGAAAGAACACUACUGCAGUAGGAACCAUUGUUCGAAUCCAACCGGUACAGAUGGGGAAACGAUUCGCAGAACAAAACACAACAGAACAC